AUGGUAUUUGUGGCAUUGGUAUUCCUGUACUUGCCGCAGGUGGUGUGUAAGAUUCCUAAUCUUAAAUGCAACAUCAGUGACCCUCUUCCUAUUCUUCACAAGCAUUAUCAGUCAGGAGACUUCAUCAUUGGUGGCAUCAUGUCUCAGAUCUACAUAUUCUCUUCUCUGAUGACCUUUAAAGAACAUCCCUCCACUGACCUCUUUGAUGACAUUGUCGUCAUGACCCAGAUCUAUCAGCAUAAUCUGGCUUUGGUAUUUGCUGUGAGUGAGAUCAAUGAAAAUCCCCAGAUUUUACCCAAUGUCACCCUGGGCUUCCAUAUCUUCAAUAGCCAUUUCAGUCCAAGUUGGACCUAUCAUGCCUCACUGGAACUCUUCUCUACACAGGGCAGAUUUGUCCCUAACUUCAAGUGUGACAUCCUGAACAAUCCGGUAGCAGUAAUCGGAGGACCAGGAGCAGACAUUUUUUUCCACAUGGCAACCAUCCUGUCCACGUACAAGAUUCCACAGCUCAACUACAUUGUGAGAAGCAACUCAUUUAAUAACAGUGCUGGAGAGAAAAUGUAUUUUGACCACAAUGGAGAGUUAGAGGCUGGAUUUGAUAUUAUCAACUGGGUCACAUUCCCAAACCUUUCCUUUAUCAGAGUGAGAGUUGGAACGAUAUAUCCCAAAGCCCUUCUGGGUGAAGAGUUCACCAUUUGGGAGAAAGCCAUUGUCUGGCCCAGCAGGUUUAACCAGGCUCGGCCCAUUUCUCUGUGUAAUGAUAAUUGCCGGUCGGGUUACAGCAAGAUCAAGAAGGAAGGGAAGCCAUUUUGCUGCUACGAUUGUUUUCUGUGUCCAGAGGGGAAGAUUUCCACACAGAAAGACACGGAUAACUGUUUUCAGUGCCCGGAAGAUCAGUAUCCAAACAUGGGAAAAGAUUCAUGUAUUCCAAAAGAGAUCAUUUUCUUGUCUUAUGAAGAACCUUUGGGGAUUACACUGCUCAGUUGUGCUCUUUCCUUUUCUUUCAUCACAGUUUUGGUACUUGGCAUCUUCAUCAAGCACAAGGACACACCCAUAGUCAAAGCCAACAACCGGAACCUCACCUACACGCUCCUUCUCUCCCUCUUGCUCUCCUUCCUUUGCACUUUGCUGUUCAUUGGCCAACCUGAGACAAUGACUUGUCUCCUUCGACAAACCGCUUUUGUCAUCAUCUUCUCAGUGGCAGUUUCUUGCAUCUUGGCCAAAACCGUCAUUGUGGUUCUAGCUUUCAUGGCCACCAAACCUGGGUGCAGCAUGAGGAAACGGGUGGGGAAAAGACUGGCAUCCUCUAUCGUUCUUUCUUGCUUCUUUGCACAAGUCACUAUUUGUACUGUGUGGCUGACAAUCUCUCCCCCAUUCCCCAAUUUCAACACAGACUCUAUGUCUAAAGAAAUUGAUUGGGAAUGUAAUGAAGGCUCAGCCAUCAUGUUCUACUGUGUUUUGGGCUUGAUGGGCUUCCUGGCCUGUGUUAGCUUCGCUGUGGCUUUCCAAGCCAGGAAAUUGCCUGACAGUUUUAAUGAAGCCAAGUUCAUCACCUUCAGCAUGUUGGUCUUUUGCAGUGUGUGGCUCUCCUUUGUUCCCACCUACCUGAGCACAAGGGGGAAAUAUAUGGUAGCAGUGGAGACCUUCUCCAUCAUCGCUUCCAGUGCUGGCUUACUGAUUUUUAUCUUUUCUCCCAAAUGCUAUAUCAUUGUGUUGAGGCCUGAGUUGAACAACAAGGAGCAUCUAAGAAGAAGAAACAAUUGA